AUGUGUAAUGGUCAAUUUUUGAAUAAAUCACCUGAUGAUGCUUUGACUUACUUCGAUUCGCUAGCUGAAAACGCCCAGAAUUGGGAUACUUCAAGCACAACGGUUAGAAUUAAGUCCAAACCGUUAGCUACCUCUAGACCUGGAAUGUAUGUGCUGAGUGAGGAAGAUGAUUUGAAUGCUAAAAUUGCUAGCUUGCCUAGCAAAGUUGAUGCUAUUCAGAAACCAAAUGUAGUUAAGGUAGCUGACUCGGUAGAACAUGCUUGUGGUAUUUGCGAAAGUUUGGAACACUACACUAAGGAUUGUCCUACGAUCCCAGCAUUUCAAGAAGUAUUACAUGACCAAGCAAAUUCCAUAGAUGCUUAUAAAAGACCAUUUAGCUCCCCAUAUUCAGAAACGUACAAUCCAAAUUGGCGAAACCAUCCUAAUUUCAGUUGGAGGAAUGGUCCUACCAUGAAUGGUCUUAAUGUUCCCCAAGGGUUGUCAUCUAGUAACCCUUAUGUGCCACCUCAUAAGAAUAAUCUUGAGGAUACUUUACAAACUUUUGUGCAGGGACAGACACAGAUAAAUCAGAAUGUUAUGAAGACUUUGGAUGAGCUGAAAACUAGCAUAGUUAGAAUUGAACCACGUCUCAAUGUUAGGGAGAAAGGGACAUUGCCUGCCCAAACUCAACCUAACCCAAAGGGCCAAUUUGAGGUUAAAAAUUCUAACUUGGAGCAAGCUAAUGUUUUCACCACUCUUAGAAGUGGUAAGGUGAUAGAGACUCCAAUGAAGGUAAACGAACCUGAGAAGUCUGUAAAACCCAAGGGCGGUGACUGUCACAGUGAUACUGAAAAUGAAAAUUCUGAUGUUGAUAAGAAAAUGCAUGCUCAAUUUCCUCAUCGUUUGUUGUCUACUAAACAAUUGACUGAUAAUAAGGAUAUCCUUGAUGUUUUUCAGCAGGUGAAGAUCAACAUACCUCUCUUGAGCGUGAUUAAGCAAGUUCCAGCUUACGCCAAGUUCUUGAAGGAUCUCUGCACAGUCAAGAGGAAGCACAAUGUGCAUAAAAAGGCAUUUCUCACGGAACAGGAAAAAGCAUCUCGUCUAGAAGCGAAGGUUCCUUUAGAAGCUUGUCUUCCUAAUCUAUUGGAUUUAGAUGAGAAUGGAUGCAUUGAAGAAGUUAAUUCUUUACUGAAUUCAUCCAUGUUGCUGGAAACGGAUAAGUGGCAGUCUAGAUUUGAGUCACUUCAAAUCAGUGAGACUGAGCCAUUGCCUCCAUCUGUAGAAUUCCCAAAGCCUGACCUCAAUCGCCUUCCUAAUGAACUGGAUUAUGAUGUUUUAGGCCAAAAUGGAGAUGUUCAAGUUCUCUUACCAUUUGAACUUAAUGACGAACAGAAAACAAUGCAUUCACAUGUUGUCAGGAAGCAUAUAAGUGCCGCAGAUUGGAGUAUUGCAGACAUGAAAGGAAUUGAUCCUAGUAUUUCCGCACAUAGGAAGUCACAGCUCAAUGAGCUUCAUGAGAUCAGAAAUAGGGAAGAUACAAACUGCAAAUGUAAAAUGAAAUUGUGUUUUGAUAAACAUGCUAUUAGGGAAACAGUUGAACCAGUUCUUUGCUAUGAUUCUCAUUUGCAAUUGUUUUCUAAUAAGCUCAAGUCACAAUGGAAAGACCCAUUUAAUGUUAAAAAUGAAUUUCGUGAUUGUACUGUUGGCAUUCAAAAUCCUAAUAACAUCAACAUCUUCAAGGUUAAUGUGCAGCUAUUGAAACCAGUUUUGGAACUUGUGAAUCCAGAAGUCGAUACCACGGCUCUGGAGGAUCCUUCUUAUGCUUGAUUGGCUGUGUUUUGCAGAUGUCUGACUGGAGACAUAAAAUUCAGCGCUUUAGGGAGACAACCCUUGUGUUUGUGGGUAUCACAGCUGGAAGCCCUCACGAGACAAAAACUCGUCCUCUUGUGCGAGCUUGAGGUUUAAAGGCUUGUUGCAUGGGCUAAAUGCAACCGAACUGACCUGCAACAGUGGUAAAAUAAUGUAGUUUUAUUUUAUUUUCUUUCUUUUCUUUAUCAGGAAUAAUAUGUUUGUGCCUGGCUGAUUACCCCUUUCCACCUUUGAAUUGUUUUUAACCACUGCCACAUUGGGGACAAUGUAGAAAUUAGAUUGGGGGUGGGGUGAAUUAUAUCCAUGCUUUUCUGAUUCUCUGUCUGCAUAUUCAAGUUUCAUUGUUGCUUGUACAUUUUAAUGCUUUAAAAAAAAUGAAGUGAAAAUUUUACAUGAUAAGAUCAGUUGUUUGGCGGUCAUUCUACACCACUGUUUAGUGGUUUUGUCUAGCUGUUUAGCUGACACCUUUAAUCCAGCUGUUUAGCGGAUUUGUCUUGCUGUUUAGCAGACAUUUCUCAAUCACUGUUUAGCGGUUCCGUCUAGCUGUUUAGCGGUUCCGUCUAGCUGUUUAGCAGACGUCUCUCCAAUCCAACUGUGUAGCGGAUAUAAUUUUUUCUUGUUUUGCUCGGGACUAGAAAAAUAUAAGAGUGGGGGAGUUUGAUAAGCACGUAAGUGCGACAUUUUUAUAUGCACAUUUAUACUAGCUAGGUCUCGAUAUUUGUCUAAUAUUAUUGUUUUAAGUCGUUUACAGGAAUUACAAGUGAAAUCCGUUCAUCCAAAGAAUGAACGGCUAAAUGAGCUAAUUGGAAUUUGCGACAUAAAUGACCAAAGUGGCUGGCCUGGUAUCUCUAUAUAUCAGCACCACUCAAGUCAAUCACGGCACCAAAUGAAGACGGAGAGUUGUGACCUGGAAGACACAUGAAUUUGCUGGCAAGUCAACAGCUCAUGUUGCCUCAUCACUUAAGCAAUCCGGUGGCCAGAACUGCUGAUUUUAGGGAGUGAAGUCUUCUUUGCCAAACGUGUGAGAUGCACUAGUGGGUCUAGAGAAACAAAGACGUGGCUUACUCUAUUACCAUAUCCUUUAUGGGGGUAUAUUCUAAAACCUCAGCAGCAUUUUCUCUACUUCACAAAAUUUCUCAAUCGAGCUGGUAGUGUUGAGCACCAACAUUACUGACGGUGGAUAAUGGAAAUAGAGACGGCAAAGAGUGGCGUUAGAAUUCAGUUUCUUCGCGCAAAAUCAGCAACGUCAGUUCUUGGAGGUGCUGUCAGAUUCAAGGUUUUGGGCAUUCAAACAACUGAAGAAUGGAUGGGCCAUGAGGUGAAUUCAUUCAUGAUAUCUACAUCAACAGCAAAUGGAAUUUGGAGGUUUGGCAUGGAUCAAUUUAUAGGAUUCGUAUGUUGGGUUUGAAUUGAAUAUCUUAAUUGUGGACAAGCACAACAGCAGCGGUACCAGAUCGUAAAAUUAGGUCAACAAUGGAAUUGAAGUUUGGGGGUUUUGUGAUUCAAGUUUGGGUCUUCAUGGAGGAAGAAAAGUGCAGUCAGUUGUGGUGUUGUCUGGUACCUUGAAUGGGUUUGGUCUGUAACCUGAUCUUGACUGGAUGGAUGUUGUAUGGGUGAUGUUUCAGUCAUACAAGGAGAUGGUUUUUGCUGUCAUGGCCGAGAACUAGAAGAGCUCAAUUGAAAUGGUGCUGGUGAUGAUGGCAUCUGGGCAGUUUUCAGCCGUGAAACGGUGGCUGUACAGAUCUUGGAAGUGAAUGAAGCUGGGUUUAAUUUGGAGAUUUUAUAUAUCUGAAAUUGGAUCUUAAUACCGGCAGCAAAGGCAUGAAUGGUGAUUGAAUUGAGUAAUGAUGGGUUUCUGCUUUUGAAAUAAGAUUUGAGAUUGGGGGUUUAUCCCAUGGACAGAGUUUGAAUCAAUUCGAUUGUACAACAACAAUAACAACAGAUGGAUUGGGGUUUGUUAAUAUGGAAUUUUAUUGUUUGUUCUUCAAAUAUGCUGGUGUGUUGGUUUAGCUGGUGCAACCAGUGGGAGACGAGUGAAUUCAGAUUGCAGCUCUUGUAUCUCGACUAAGAAAUAAGUUGUGGUUUGUCUGUUGGAUGUUGAUGGGUUACAUGGAAUGGAAUGAGGCCGGAAUUAAGGCUCAACAACUGAUUUCAGCUGGUGUGAGCAGAAAUAUGUGGAAGACGUUACAACAACAUGGAGUGCUUUCCCCAAAUCUAGGAAGUGUUUGAAUCAAGUAGUUAGAGAAGAAGUCAAGUUGUUGAUGUAUAAAGGAUGAGCUUAAUCGACCAAGAAGGGUACGCUAGAAUACCACUUUUUCCUCUUUUUCUUCUUUGGUUUUCUAGCUAGGUCUUGUUGUUAGUUUUUCUUAUUUGUUUUGGUGUUUUUCAAUAGAAAUAUUUAAUGGCUAUCUACCGAACAAUGAGAAGCUAAACCCCUCUUUGCCAAGACAAGAGGUGACACUUAAUGGGUUCAAUGUUCUUAAGUUAUCAUCAAUAAAUCUUUUUAAAUGUUUAAUCCA